UACGCAUGGGCGCAGGAGCCCGGAACCAAAGUGCCACGCUGUGUCGGCUGCGGACUAGGUUUGCUGACGGCUUCCUGUUCCCUGCACGCUUUGCUUGGAGUUUGAAGGCAUGGGGAGAACUGGGGCAUCGGAGCAUUAAGUUGCAGAGCCGCUUUCUGCUGGGACGAGGUGCUUCGCAGAGCUGCAGGAAUCGCUGGGCAUGUUCCAUGUGAAAAUCACUAAGCUUUGACCCUGAUUGGCUAAUGAAGGGGCACCAAUGGCAAAAGCCAAAGUGAAGAAGGACCAAUCGCCUUGCAGUGGCUCUCUGGGAAAAACCGCAAAUACUCCGAAACAGAAGAGGAAGCAGAAGCAGAGGAAAUUCUGGCAAAACCACCCUAAAAUCACUACAAAGACAGGAGAAACUAAAAAGGUUUCUCUUCUGCUGCCCCCCAAGGGGCCCCAGGAAUUCUCAUCCAACUGGAAGGCGCUGCAGGAGUUAUUGAAGCCAAAGGAAAACCAGGCACUGCCUGCAACAACAUUGGCUAAAUGCCCUAAGAAAGACCAGAAAGUCUCAGAGAAGAAAACCGAGGAGUCCGUCCCCCAAAAAAGUGGCCACAAAAUAAAUGGUGGCAUAACUAGUGUAUCUGCAAUAGCAAAGGGAGCCAAGGCACCUUCACAAGCAACACCUACAAAAGCUGCCGAGAAGUCCGACGAGGUGAGCAAAGGAAAGAAACGGAAGAUCAUGGCGGAGGCCACAGACACGGAGCACCAAGGAAAGAAGCCUCAAGGGGAGGCGCAGCCACAACCUCCAAAGGUGGAUAUCUGGUACGAUGAUGUGGAUCCAGAUGACAUAGAGGCGGCCCUGGGGCCAGAGGCUGGACGCGUGGCUCGUGAGAUGCAAGGGAUCACGGACACAAGGUCUCCCACUGUGGAUAAGAUUCUUGUGAAAGAAAGGGCUUUUGAAGGGCUCACUCGGACCGUUGCCAUGGAUUGUGAGAUGGUUGGAGUGGGGAUGGAUGGUGAGGAGAGUAUCUUAGCCCGUGUCUCCAUUGUCAAUCUGUUUGGCAAGUGUGUGUAUGACAAGUAUGUCAAGCCAACGGAACGAGUGACCGACUAUAGGACGGCAGUGAGUGGGAUCAGGCCUGAGGACGUGAAGAAGGGGGAACCCUUUAAAGUUGUUCAGAAGGAGGUUUCAGAAAUUCUCAGAGGGCGAACCCUAGUCGGACACGCUGUGCACAAUGACCUGAAGAUUCUUUUCUUAGAUCACCCCAAAAAGGCCAUCAGGGACACCCAGAAAUACAAACCCUUUAAGCAGAAAGUAAAGAGUGGGCGCCCGUCCCUGAAACUGCUGUGUGAGAAAAUCCUGAAUGUGAAGGUGCAGACUGGGGAACACUGCUCGGUUCAAGAUGCCCAGGCUGCCAUGCGCUUAUACACCAUGGAGAAGAAGAGCUGGGAAGUCGCCAUUAAAGCCAAAUACACCGGCGUCAUGCCUGUUGACAGGAAGUCGAAAGGGCCGCAGAAAGAUAAACAAUGUCCUCAGUGAAAGCUGUCUCCCCCUGCUGGACAUGAGCGGUGAGACCAAUGGCCUUUGCUCUGGAGACCAGCCGUGCCUUAUUGUUGAACUGCGUACAAGGCCACAGACCCCCGUGAGUUUUGGGCGCUGUAAUUCUGGUUAUGCCAUGAACAUUUUAUAAUACAGGAGCAAAUGUGGAUCCCUACAGGUUAAUGUUUCCUAAUGGUUAAUUGGGAUGUUUGCUGCGAGGGUGCCCAACUACAGGACAGGUGUGGCCCGCUGCUGACCCCCAAACCUCUUGACUUUUUUGGGAACAAAAAGGUCACCUUGUGUUAUGCAGUGAUGCCCAACCAGCUAUACAUUUCUGUUGGAACAUCUGGCUGAAUGCCCGGUUCCAUGGCAUUGUACGGAAAGACAACCCCAUUCACUUUGACACAACUUUGUUUUAAGCAGAGCCGUGACUCGCUCCAAUUCCAUAGUUUAACAGGAUUAUUUUAUUUUUAUUAAAUGAGAUUGGUGCCUGA